CACUCCCUCCACGCCGGCCGCACCUCGCACCUCGCCUCGCGCGCCUUCUCGCGCACACAGCACAGCACACGCAGCUUGCCCACUGCCAGCGCCACCCACCUCCGCCUCGCACCCCGCCCGCACCGCCCAGCAUGUCGGCGCUGCAGCUCCUCGCGCUCGCGGUGACGCAUCCCUUCGAGCUGCGCUCCCUCAUCACCUACAAGGUCUGGCGCGACCCGCUCAACGACAUCAAGAGCAGCGCCGACAGCGGCUGGGAGCGCCAGACGAUGCGCGACUGCUGGACGCUGCUCGACCAGACGUCGCGCAGCUUUGCGGCCGUGAUCAAGGAGCUCAAGGGCGAGCUGGGCCGCGUCAUCUGCCUCUUCUACCUCGUGCUGCGCGCCCUCGACACCGUCGAGGACGACAUGACCAUCGACAACACGCGCAAGGUACAGCUGCUGCGCGACUUCUACACGAAGCUCGAGCAGCCCGGCUGGAACUUUACCGAGAGCGGCCCCAACGAGAAGGACCGCCACCUGCUCGUCGACUUCCACAAGGUCAUCGAGGAGUACCAGCGCCUCGGCCCUGAGUACCGCGUCGUCAUCUCCGACAUCACCGCCAAGAUGGGCGCCGGCAUGGCCUCCUACAUCCUCGCCUCGUCGCAGUCGUCGCUGCACGUCGCUACGUUUGCGGACUACGACCUGUACUGCCACUUUGUCGCCGGCCUCGUCGGCGAGGGCCUGUCGCGCCUCUUUGGCUCGUCGGGCAUCGAGCGCCGCUGGCUGUGCGACCAGCUCUCGCUCUCCAACCACAUGGGCCUCUUCCUGCAGAAGACCAACAUCAUCCGCGACUACGCCGAGGACUGCCGCGACGGGCGCUUCUUCUGGCCCGCCGAGGCGUACAAAAAGGCCGGCUUCCAGACGCAGGCCGACGUGGCGCGCGGCAUCGUGCCGGCCAAGUCGGGCCACUUCAAGCCGCAGGGCCCUGACGGCAAGGCAGCCAUGGGCGUGCUGAGCGACAUGCUCCUCGACGCCAUGCAGCACGCCACGCGCGCCCUCGACUACCUCAGUCUGCUGCGCGACCAGAGUGUCUUCAACUUCUGCGCCAUCCCGCAGGUCAUGGCCAUCGCCACCAUUGAGCUCAUGUUUGCCAACCCCGACGUCUUCCGGCGGAACGUCAAGAUCCGCAAGAGCCAGGCGGUGCAGCUGAUCCUCAAGUCGAUCAACCCGCGCGACGUGGCGUACCUCUUUGUCGAGUUCACGCGCAAGAUGCGCAGCCGCCUCGACCCUGCCGACCCGCACUUUGUCCGGUGGACCGUCGAGCUCGGACGUAUCGAGACGUGGGCCGAGACCUUUUAUCCAACAUUCGUCACUGCCGCAACGGAGGGCACGUCGGACGACGUGCGCAUCGGCGGCUUGCAACGGUACUCAGAGGCGCGCGUCAAGCUGGCGCAGGAGCUUGCGGUCAAGGCAGGCAAGGAGAUCGCCGCGCCAAAUGACGACGACCCCAAGUUCACUGCCAUGAGCGAUGCAGAGCGCGCCGCACGAGAGAAGAAGGACCGCGCCGACCUGCUGCGCUUCUUUUCCCUCAUCCUCCUGGCCAUGACGGGCUUCAUCCUCGUCGUCGCGCUGGCCGGCUGGUACGCGGCGUGGUACUGGACACAGACGGGCACCGACCCGCUCACUCUCUUCCUCAUCGAGCAAUACCACGAGGCGCGCGCCGCCUCCUACCACCUCGCCGCGCAGGCGGCCGGCCUGGCCAAGGACGCCAUCAGCUCGACGAAGGCCAAGCUGGAGCUCUGAGGCGCGCGCGGCUGCGCGACACGGGACACGACUCAUGCGGCAUGGG